CUUCAAAAAAAAAGUAUGCUAGUUUCAAUAAUGGUAAUGUGGGCUGUGACCAUAUACAUUUUUACAAUCAUGUAAAAUUACGUCUAGAUAAAGAGUAUUGGAUGAAGGACGUUUCUAACGAAAUACUUAAGGCUUUAUGUUAUGUAUAUAAUACAUAUAAUCAAGAGAACUUUAAUAGUGAUGAUUGUUAUUACCUAUAUCAUUGGUUAAAUGAUAUAUUAUAUACUAAUAUAAGAUUUCAAUUACAUACUAAAAGUAUUAUAACAGUACUUGAGUUUUUACUACAAAGUAAUAAUGGUCUUAAUAUAUGUAAGAAUAUUGAAUAUAAUAUCAAUAACGAAAAUUAUAGGGAUAUUAAGAAAUUAUUUGAUUUUUCGAAAGACUAUGAUGAUCUUUCAAAAUAUUUUAGUACGGGUCAGAAAAUUUGUAAUAGUGACUUUAAAAAUUAUCUGGAUGAACAUAUCAGAAUUUAUAACGAGUUCAAAGAUAAGUGUGAAAAUUUAAAGAGUGAGAAUACGACUUGUAUAUUUUUUAAUAAAUAUUUUCAAGGUAAGACCGUAGAAGACUUAUCUAAAUGGAAAUUCACAUUAGAAGGAAAUGGUCAUAUUUACUCAACACAAGAAGAAAAACAUACAAUAUUAAGACAACCAAAUGAACAAGGAGUAAAAACACUACAGACACAUGCAGUUGUAAAUACAGAUAAUAAGGGAAAAAAUGAACAUGAAAAUGUAAAUCAAUAUGCAAAUAUUAAAGCAGAUAAACAAGAUUUAAAACAUCCAGAACUGGAAGAUUUUGUUUUUACAACAGAAAAUCCAGAAUUGAGUGCCAUUAUUGAUAUUUCAGGUAGUCCUUCAGAUUCAACCUCAAAAAGUAUGGUAAUCCCUCCUUUAGCUAUAGGAAUUUCCAUUUUUUCUAUUAUAUUGUGCAAAGUAUUUACUCCCAUUGGGUAUUGGUUAAAAAAAGCAUUACUGGGGAAAUCUAAAAGGAAACAUAAUAUUAUAAUGCAUAGGAAUAUAAUAGAAGAUUAUUCGAUUUCUGAAGUUUUAGAUUCACCGAGAAGGUUUAAUAUAAAAUACAGAAAUAUAUAA